AAUUAAAAAGACAAGUGUGAAAAUUAAAUGCAUUUAAUUUUUAAAAGAUAAUUUUAUGGAUUAGAGACAAUAUUGAGAUUAUCAGAAGCAACCAGAAAACCACAGAGGAAAUGACAGGGGUUACUUAAUCAGCUGUGCAGUGUAUCCCUCCCCAUGAACCAUGAAGUCGCUGCAGGAAUAUGUGACGCAGGUGUUUUACACCCAUGGUCUGUUCUGCGCCAGUCAUCCCUACUCAAUCCUGACAGUAGUCAUUUGCAUCAUGCUUACGUCUUUUUAUCCCCUGGUACACAUGCCUCUGCCAGGAAAUGUCCCACUACAGCACAGGGAGGCUCUAGCUGAUUACAAAGUCCCCUCAGAGAAAUCCCCUAAACCCACCACCCCCCAGACAGGAAAAGACAGUCGCCCCAACGAACUCUUCAAACCUCCAUGGUAUCUAGGAGUUCCUGUUGGGUACAUCCAGCAAAUUGUAGUCAAGGCAACAGUGUCACCAUGGAAACAAGAAUACAUGAUUCCAGAGGAUGCAUUUAGGACACCUUUACUCAGGGUAUUUGACAUUCUGGAGGAGCUGGACAAAUUCAAAUUCAAGAAUGGGACUGCUGAAUACUCUGUGUCUGAUGUAUGUCUGCGUGUCGGGGAAGUCCUACCUAAAAUCAAGUUCAGAGAAUUGCUGCCAGAGUAUUCCUGCCUGACGCUCUCACCGGCCAAUUUCUGGUUCCGCAAGAAAGAGAAAUAUUUAGCGGAUGGGGAGAUUCUCAAAACCUUGUUUAAGCGACAUGGACAACCUUUGGAGACACCCCCUUAUCUCAGAGACAUCUUGUUUGGAAUCCCAUGGAAGAACUCAGGGAUAUCUCGUUACUUUAUUAGGAACCAACAAAGAACUAUCAGCUUUGCCAUCUCCAUUGCUUUUAAGAAUUACAAUCAAAGCUUUCUAUUGGCUCUGAAGUCACGACUAGAGGAUCUGUAUCCAGAAACAGCAAGGAAUGUUAACAACAGUCAGGUCAACACGAUCGUACACAUCCACUACCCGGACAGUAAAGUGUUUACAGAACACACCUAUCUCAUCAUCACCUACGUAUUCCUACUCAUGUACAUCUACUUCUCCGUCAGGAAGAUAGAGAUGGUGAAGUCUAAGUGGGGUCUGGCUCUGAGUGCGGUGGUCACUGUCGUAGCCUCACUCCUGAUGUCCGUCAGUUUCUGUUCCUUGUUUGGACUCACCCCGACACUGAACGGAAGUGAGAUUUUUCCAUACCUGGUUGUUUUUGUGGGUUUGGAGAAUGUUCUUGUCAUUACAAAGUCAGUCGUGUCAACACCUGUGGAUCAGGAUGUUCGAUUCAGAAUUGCACAGGGAAUAAGUCAGGAGGGCUGGUCUAUCACAAAGAACCUGGCCACAGAACUCAUCAUUGUUGUAGGGGGCUUCUUCACCUUUGUACCUGCCAUUCAGGAGUUUGCCUUGUUUGCUAUGGUGGGACUGCUGACAGAUUUUUUCUUACAACACGUUUUCUUUUUGACAACACUGUCCAUUGACAUCAGAAGAAUGGAGCUGACAGAUCUUCACAAGAAAUUAAGGACAUCUGUAUCAGACUGUCAAAUAGGUCAUCCCCCAGGGUCAAAGGUCAUUGAGCCACUGGUUCUGUGUCCUGCACGGGGCUUUGUAUCGGCCCCAAACCUGUCCACCACAGAUAAAACCUCUGUAAAGAAACACCGUAGGACCUCCUCUAAUGUGUCCCUCGGUCCACCGUCUUCACUGGCAGAUACUGUCCAGACAUCAAGACGUUUACGUCUCAUUGAUUUCUUGGCAGAUACCAGAGUUAUCCAGCGAUUUAUCAUGUUUUGCACAGUGAUAUGGAUUGGAUUAAUUGUGUACAAAAGUGGAGUACUGGAGCAUCUCUCCAACCCUCACCAGUCCAGCACAAAAAACUUAUCCCAGGAUUCCAGUGGACAGGAUAUGCCUCCCACUGAGAAACUCUCCAAUAUUGGAGAUAAGGAAGGUCAGAGCACUGCUGGGCAGACUGCCAGUUCUUGGUGGUUCCAGGGUGAAUCGGUGGAUCCGGAGGGAGUGGUGAGACAUAGGGAAGUUGAACUUUGGCAGCAGUUAUCUUACAAACACUGGCCCACUCUGUUUGGAUACUACAAUAUAAGUUUGUAUGGAAAAUUUAUAUCCAUUUUGCCCAGUCUUCAUCUUUCUAUUGUGGUGGAUCCUAACGAGGCAAUAUCUCUGAGACACCCCAGUGAAAAUGCAGGAAAAACCCCUCAGCAAAUUAAACAGGAAAUAGAGCAGAUCUCCCAAGAACAGUUGUCCGAGGCCAAACGUGUGGAAUCCGAUGUUCUUCCAGACGACAGCAUCAAAGGAAUGCUUGAGUCCUUACCAAACUAUAUCUACGACUCGGAUCAACUAAGGAAAUUGUAUGACCCUGAAGAACUCCGAAAACUGUACCCCAAGUCUCAGCAGGAACUCCUCUCCACCAUUCUGUUGGUGCUGUUUAGUGCUAUCUGUCUGUCCUAUUUUGGUCUGGCAUUGUAUCACUGUAUCUGUCCCAAGAAUUAUGCCAGGUGGCGCUCAAGAUGGUUCAGAGGUCAACAGAGAAAACGGGAAAAGGGUCGUGGGUAUUACAAGCAAAUCAAGGAGUCUGUUCCCAAGGUCCUUAAAGGUCACCUACAGGAGAUAGAAUGUGUGGUGACAGAUGGUCAGUACAUCAUCAGUGCCUGUUUGGGGGGUCAGCUCAGAGUCUGGGACUCAUUUACUGGAGACUGUGUAACUGUCAUCCACAGGAAAGGAGCCACCCCUCCAGUGAAGCGAAAACCUUGUCUUGGACGGAACAUCAAUGACAGUGAUGCUGACUUGUAUGCUGAAUACCAUGGUAAUGGUAGUCAUGGAAACGGCAGUGACCCAGAAGAAGUUGACCUUCAGAGAGCUCGGCCCAGACAGAAGGCAAUCAGCCAUGUACCUUCUCCCCAAGGGAAAAAACUUUUCCAUAAUCAGCCCAAUCUCUCAGGGACAAUUCACACCAAUUUCUACAUGGCUCCUCCAUCUCCUGUCAGCCACAGUUCCCCCACCUCUCUGGAUCCACCCUCAGUCUUCACCCCGGAGAGCUCUCCCUCACUGGGUAAUUCAUCUUGCGAGAUGAGUGGGUUUGAUUUCCAGUCACGGUUUCAGCCUCUCUAUGAUGAGCAUGCUCAGUUCGUACGAGAGAAUCCUGUAGAGGAGGAUGUUUUCUUAGAAAUUAGGUCAAGAAGUUGGAGUGCUGGAGAUCAUCCUUUGACUACAGAACAUGAUGCUGCAUUGUUUGACUCUGGCUUUGAGGGAAACCAAGCACCUGCAAUCUGGUGCCUCUCUUGUUAUGAGGGUCUGAUUGUAGCGGGCUGUGGAAAUGGCAGAAUUGAGUUUUGGGAAAGUACGAGUGGCAGCUUGAAGUGUAUGUACGGUGAUAACAAGACUGGAGUUACUGCCCUUUGUAUAAUUAAUAAAAGGGUGGUUGCUGCCAGACUUGAUGGUUCAUUAGAUUUCCUAGAAAUUGAAACAUUCCAUAAUCCUAUCUUACCAUUAACCAAUCCGUCCAAUUCACCACAUGUCAAAGGUCAUAUGAGAUAUCAUAGUCAACAUAAAGUAGUUCUCAUGGACUCAUCAAAGAAAUGGGAGGAGAUUUUACAUGUUACCUUAGUGAAUAGUGUCAAAGCUCACCAGCAACCAAUCGUCAGCCUUAAAUGUGAAGGAGGGCGGGUCAUUUCUGCCAGUCAGGACCACUCCCUCAAGGUGUUCCGUUUAGAGGAUUCCAGGUGCUUGUACACUCUGUACGGACAUACCACAAAAAUAACAGUGCUGUACGCUGACAAGUCACCACCAUUUAAUGUGGCUAGUGGGGAUGCUGAGGGAACCACCAGACUAUGGGACCUCCAUACAGGCACCUGUCUUCACAAGGUCAAAGUUCAUGAGGCAGCAGUGGUGGCCUUGACCUGUACCACUAAGUAUGUGGUCAGUUCUGGACUAGAUGACCGACUCUGUGUGUGGGACAGAAAGAGGGGAACUCUGAUUCAUGAACUGGACAUGGAUCCGUGUGGAAACAACUGUAUGUCGUUGCUGACCUCUCACUUAUUAGUUACUGGAGGUCAAGGACACAUCCAGUUAAUUGACCUUGACAAAGGUGACAUCCUAAGAACUGUGAGUGUGGGAUCAUUUGACAAGUCUGCCUUUGUGAAUCAGAUCCAUAUUGUACAGAACACCGUUAUAGUCUGUGACUAUGCCAGUGAGAUGAAGGUGAUACAGUUUCCCACCGUGUUGGAGAAAACAGACUAAAGUUUGAGAGAAAAAAAUACUGUUGUUGUUGUUUUUCUCAGACAUCAGGUUUGUUGAAAAUGAGCAGGUUCUGGUGAUUGUUUAUUUUUGGACUGUAUAUGGAGAAAACAGACUAUAUUGAUGGAAAGCAGAUUAACAGAAAUUGUGUUGGUUCCUCCAAUGAUUUGCUUGUGAAAAUGAAAUUCCUGUGUCUGUGACAGCCUGGAAUGAUUCUGUGAUCUCAUGUGGUGUGCCAACCCUGUGAAAUCUUCAUAUAUAUAAAACAAGUUCAUACCACUCUGUUCCAAUUUUCAUUUUUACAUUAGAACUAAAACCCAAAAGGCACAUUUAUAGAAGCCAUGUUUUAAAGUGCAAUGAAGCUACAUGUAGUACACUCAGAAAAACAGGACAGAUUUAUCAUAGAUCUUACCUCCGUCAUUCAGGAUUUAAUAUUUCAUUGAAGGGUCAUUUUUCUUUCUAUUAGAUGGGAGGAUAUUUUUUUAAACUGGAUAUCUUCAUGUUUCAAUGACUCCACUUUAUAGACUCAAAGUAAACUUUUUAAAUAUGAGUUGGAGACUAUUUAGUCAAGGUCAUGAUACAUUCAGGUUAAGGUCACAUCAAAGGGUCAUUUUUUCACUGUAGAAUUUUAUCAAUUCUUGGGAAUUGUUUUUCAAUCAAAUAAAAUAUAUUUUUUUUAUGUUAUAUUAUUUUAUUAGAAAAAAAGAGGAAAGCAAUUGUUAAAGUAGAUAAAAUUUCAAAUUAGAUCAAUGAUUUGUGUUUUCUAUAGUAUCCUUGUCAUAUUUACUUCAAUUUUCUUAACAUUAUUUUAUAUGUCUGUAAGGUAAGAAGGAGAUGGCAGCCCUCUUAUAAAGUGUCAUAAAAUGCAUGAAUAUACAUAUGUCCUGUCUCUAAAAUUUUGAACAUUUACAUGUAGCUGUUACCAUGGAUAAUGCAUGUAUGACGUGUGCAAGGUUUCUAUCAUAAUUGUGUUCACUGUGUAAUGUUCAACAUUAAAAUGAGGGAGCAUUAACACAUACCAUCAUCUAUGUACUAGGCUUAUGCCUUCUGCAGCUUCAAUUUUUCUUCUAGUAACAGGUGCUAUAUUGACAAGCAUUUAGCCAAAGAUGAUUGUAAUUGCUCAAGCUUCAUUCCUGUAGAAAAGCUUCUUUAACAUUAGUGCUAUUCUAUAAUUGUUGUUACAGUUAUAUAGAUUUAACAAUGUUAAAAGGCCUAAUACAUGUAUAUAUAAAUUUAUAUAUAUCUGCAGUGAUACAUAGAAAAAAAUCAUGAUUUGUCAGUGCUAUAUGUGAUUCUUUAAAUUAAUCUCAAGUUUUAAAGUUAUUGUUUCUUUUGUUAACGAGGCCUUAGAAGAAAAGAAUAUAGUAUACAUUGUACAUGUACAUGUAUUAUAUCAUGUUUUUACAUGCAGUCUGUGUUCCUCAAGUUGUAAAAGCCUUAUUUUUUUUUUACUGUACAUGUGAGUCAGAAAUGGAACAGGGGGUUGAUUGUUUUGUGUUUAUUUAUUGAAGAAAUUGUAUGAUAAUACAAGUAUAUAACAACAUUGUGUUUAUAAGCUUAUAAAGAACAUACUUAACAUAAAUUUCAUGUAUUAUGUCUUUCACAUCAACUCUCUGUAGAUUAAUUUAAAACUUUUUUUUUUACUUUCAUCUUCAUGUACAAAAUUAAAAAAAAAAAAAAAAUAGAUUCUUGAUUGAAAUCCAAAUUGUAUUUCAUGUGCUUAUUAAUUUGUGUAAUAAAGAGUUAAUUUGCAAUUUACAUGUUAGAUCAGGGUGGAU